AUGGCCGGUGCUGGGGGAGAGGACGGCUUCGCUGACGUCGACACCUUUGACACAAACACCACGCUCAGCAACCAGGAGUCAUCAGCUUUGCCCUCGCUCGUCACCAAUUCUCGCGCCAAAUCAACUCUGUUCGACGAAUCGAACUCGCCGGACACUCCAGCUGCUGCUCCCCCGACUACCAUUUUGGAAUGGGAGACAUCACUUGAAGGUACACAAUCUAGCGAGGUCCCCACCCUCCAAACUCCAAGAAGCCGCCGCUCCUUUCCCUCCCACUACUCGACGCCCAGCUCCAUCGCAGGUGACAAGCCCAGUUCUCCGUUGAGCCACACCUACUCGACACCCUCAAGUGGCAAACGCAGGUCUGCGCAAAUCUCCACUGGUGAUGGCGACACCCUGUACAGCAACAGGCCCUCCACGACCCCACAAAUGGACCAAAGUAUCGAGUCGCUAGACCUCACCGAGGAUGCAGGGCCUCCGUCACCAUCUCCGCUACCCACCGCUGAACGACAGGAGCAGCGCAGAGUCCACCCCAUGCGCCGCAGUAACCCUCUCAGCAUUCUUCGCGGCCCGCGCCUGUCCACGCGACUGACCAGAAACAUUGCUCCUGCACCACAACUCCUGUUCAAAUUCCCUUCCGCCGACAAUCGACCUCCCAUCCCCAUCACGGUUCCACGCAACACCAGUCCAACCACGCAGCCACACUUCCAUGUCCCCUCCAUCAACCGCCCCCCUCUCACACCUCUCACACCAUCGACACAGCCGACCGCCACAGCGCCAACUCCUCAAACCCCAGUCACGAACCCGAGAGACUCAACCCCAAUCACACCCUCAUCAAGCCAAGACGAGGUCGUCGCCGCUCUGCAGGAUAUCCAGCAACUGCUUCUCGACACGAACCGGCAGCAUAUCCAGGUGAUUCGUGAUUUGGCCAUUAAAGUCAACAGGUUGGAGGAGGAAGCGAAGCGGGAUCGCGCGCACGUGGACGAGGUGGAGAGGAAUUUGACGGAUGGGGUUGAUAGGUGA